UUUUUUUUUUUGUUUUUUUUUUUUUUUUUUUUUUUUUUUUUUUUUUCGCAUGCUGUUUUAGACGAUUUACAUGCUCCUGUGGUGCUACUUUGAGAUUAUCGUCCUGCAUAAGCUUAGGGGUGCAGCUGAGAACUGAUAGGUUGUAGAAAAAGUGUCCGAUUCUCAGCCUUGCAGGCUCUUAUCGCUUACUGUCCGAUGCUUAGUUUAUUGCGUGCCUUUUUAUGGCUGCCAAUUUUUAUCCUUUCAGCCUUGUCAGGCGCUUCUGUGGCAAACCCGUACUUAAAUAACCCCGCCUCCCCAGAUUGGGAGCCUUGCGACUGUCAUCCUAAUAUUAUUUUCCCUAUUUCAGCUUUAUCCAGGCAACAGCUAGACUGUCACCUCGCACUGAGGUAGU